AUGAAGGAGUCCACUUUUUUCCAGAAUGAAGCACAGAAUGUUACAAGACAUUCGACGAGCUGCAGCAGAGGAAGUGGUUGUCCUGGUCCGAAUGUCAGCUCGCUGCAGACAUCUGGAGAUUUGAGCUUUUUCUCCAGUCUUGCUGUCCCCACAGUGGAGUUCACAUACUCAGAGUACCCUAAAACAGAGAGAGCGUUUUUUCUCACUGAGGCCUUUUUCCCUCCCGAGUCUUUAUUAAGAGAGACCUUGGAUCCAGCCUUCAAACUCCAUGAGACUAUUGCCAAGAUCACAGCCGAGGCCAUCCUGCGACUUGCUACGGAUCCCGUUCUUCCAUUUUACCCUUUGGAUAUCGCUCUUGAUGUUCAGAACAAACUCAAAGAUGACCCACUGUGCCGGCAGGACCUGCUAAAUGUGGCUGCAUCUUUGAGAGACAACUCAGCAUUCUUCCAAUCUGAGGUCAUGCGUCCUGCCAAUGACCCCAAAGAGAGAGAUCCCGCUCACGUACGCAUGCUCAACGACGUCCUACGAGACCUGGAAAAAAGCUUCCUUAUCCCAAACCCACCUCUUGGCUUUUACAGGAACAUUCUCUAUUGCUUGAGCAGACAAUCUCCACGCUUCUCAAUCCUGAAGGAUGCCCUGGAAGUCCCCUGGCACAACAGCGUCAACCAGUCCCUGACUCUGGUAACCAGUGCCAUCAGUUCAGCAGACAAACUCAUAGAAAGUGGACUUGACCUGUUUGAGAAUGAAAAUGACAUCCCGCAAUGACAUCUGAAAAGAGAACACACCUUACGGCGUCAGAAUAUGACACAAUCCAGAGAUCCCCUGGUCGACACAGAGGUUUCAAAGGGAUCUGAAGACACUUUGAGAAAUAGAGGGUAUCGUUAUUAAGUGCACUAUUAACCUGAGGUUCACUUGAGGAGUUUCUUCAGGCCAAUACUAAGUUAUUGUUUUUGUUCCUCUAAUGAUGUUCAAAAAUGGAUCUAGAAAGAUUGAUGACAAAAGAGUCAGGGAGCUCGCAGGGUCGAGACUUUUUGUUCUGGGGAAAAAUACCAGCAGGUUUAUCACUUAUAUUUCCAAUCACACAAACCCAAGAGGACGACUGGAGGUCAGGACUCAAAGCAGGUUCAACUUGAUGUUUGAAACACAUUUCAAAAUGUUUUUAGGAUAUAUGUUUUUUGGUUAAUAAUACUAAGACUAGUCCACCAUUUUUUUCAAAUGGCAAGCAAUGGCCUUUGAAUAAGGAGAAAUGCUGUGACUCGAAAUCAACGAGUCAGAUGUGAUAAUGCAGAAUAUGCUAAUGUACUAAUACUGAUACUGUCUGAUUGAAAAGAGAAAGCUGAAAGGAAGUUACUGUGACAGUCUCUCAGGGGUGUUUGUUUCAGAAUCUGUAGAAAAAAUAG